GGCUUCAAUUCAACAUCAACAACACUACUCGUGAAGAAUCAAGAUGGUGGACGUUCACGAUAUUUUUAAGAAACUGGCAUCAGGGGCUCAAUUUAGCUGCAGACAAGAUGCUUUUACAAAACCCACUAUCCAGAACCUGACACAGACCAAAGAAUCUCAUGUUAAUGCUAUAAAAAGUGCCCUAGACUUUUUUGGCACUGAUGAGAAAUCACCUGGUGCAGAAAAUAAUCAAAAUCAUACUGAAGAAAAUGCAAAGAAAGUCAAGAAAAGGAAGAUAGUCAAUGGUAAUGGCUCUGAUGAAAAAGAUGACGACCCAAUAAAAGAUAAGAAAAAGAAAAAGAAAGGAUCAGCCUCAGUGGUAACAGAAAAAGAUGAAGACAUAAGGAGGGAAAAGGUGAACAGAUUAAGAAAUCAACAUGGCAUUAGUAUUCGGGGAACAGAUGUACCAGAUCCAUUUACAACAUUUGAUGAGCUUGGAGAGAGAUUCAAGACUCCCAAUUAUAUUCUACAAAAUGUAACUGACUCAGGAUAUGGCCAACCAACACCAGUUCAAAUGCAGGCAAUACCAUUAAUGCUGAAACAACGUGAAGUUCUUGCAUGUGCACCAACAGGAUCUGGAAAAACUCUCGCCUUCAUUGUUCCAUUAUUACAAUCUUUGCAGAAACCAAAACGAGGUGGAUUUAGAGCUGUAGUGAUCUCACCAACUAGAGAACUUGCCAGCCAGAUAUACCGCGAAUUCAAUCGUUUGGGUUCUGGGAAAGGGUUCCGUAUUCAUUUGUUAACAAAGUCAAAAGCUGCAUCGGGAAAUUUCACCAAAACAUCGGAUGCUCGAUACGAUAUUCUCGUUGCAACUCCAAAUCGCCUUGUUUACCUUCUCUCCAAAGAUCCACCUGGAAUCAGUCUAGACAAAGUGGAAUGGCUUGUUCUUGACGAGGGUGAUAAACUUUUUGAGGAUGGUGUUGCAGGAUUCAGGGAUCAAAUUGCCACGAUCUUUCGUGCCUGCGACAAUCCAAAGAUCAAAAGGGCGCUUUUCAGUGCCACACUUGCUAAUGACGUGGAACAGUGGUGCCAGUUGCAUUUAGAUAAUUUCGUACGGGUUGUUGUUGGCGUCAGAAAUGCAGCAACAGAAACUGUGAAACAAGAACUCAAAUUUGUAGGACAAGAGAGUGGUAAACUACUGGCUAUGCGCGACUUACUACAGAAGGGAUUUCUGCCUCCGAUUUUGGUGUUUGUGCAGAGCAAAGAGAGGGCGAAGGAGCUCUUUAAUGAGCUGAUUUACGAUGGUAUCAACGUGGAUGUGAUUCAUGCUGACAGAACUCAAGCGCAGAGAGAUAACAUAGUGAAAAGUUUCAGAACUGGCAAGAUAUGGGUUCUGAUUGCCACUGAUCUUAUGGGGCGUGGUAUCGAUUUCAAAGGAGUCAACCUGGUUGUCAAUUAUGACUUUCCGUCAUCGGCUGUCAGUUAUAUUCACCGGAUAGGACGAACAGGGAGAGCUGGUAGGCCCGGAACAGCUGUUACGUUUUUCACAGAAGAUGAUGUCGUCAACAUCAAAAGCAUAUCAAACGUUAUGGCAGCCUCGGGUUGCGAAAUUCCUACGUGGAUCUCCGAACUUAAAAAUCCUAACAGGGCUGUAAAACGAAAGUUGAAGAAAAUUCCUGUGGAGAGGGAGAGCAUUGCAUCGCUCACAAGGAUUGACAAAGCCAGGAGAAAACCGAAAAAAUCUGCAGAAUCCAAGACAGUCAAUGCCAAGGCUACAGGCCCCUCUUCUAAAAAACAAGAAAAGGUUGGGAAACAAAAGAAGAAACAUCCUAAGAAAGCAACUGCUGAUGAAAAAUGAAUUCGGAAACUUGAAUGAUUUGAUCAAAUAUCUGCGAUCUACAUUUUAAGGCAUCUGGUUUGAAUGAACGGUUUUAGAUAGAUAUUACAUUAAGAUCCUUCUCUAUUUAGAACGGUACUUGUUGAACUAAUGAAAUAUGUGGGGUUUCUGUAUGAAAAGACGUAAUAACUUUGCAGAGCUGCCAGUUCAGGAUUUAUGAUAUCUAGACGAAAAGAUAAAAUUGAGUUGCCUUGUAGUGAAGCUUACAUUCAACGCCCCCUAUCAGAGAAAAUCUGCAGCAUGUACCCUACUUUUGUGUCAUGUACCCUACUUGAGUGCAUUCAUUUUAAGAUAAAACAGUGGUUCACCUAAAAUAAACAGUGUUUAUAUAAAUGGAAUUGUAAAUGUUUUGUCAAGUUUUAAGCCAAAACAUGUUAAUUGACUGCCCAUGGUCGAGAAUAUCUAAAAAAUAGCAUACCCUUGUCAGUAGCAAUGCCUUGUCCAUACAAAUUAUCGCAUUGCGGUAAGAGUGCCAUCCAUCCAAUUACCUUUAAAAUGUCAGUCUAAAAAAAGUUAUCAUUUUGCGAUGCUUUUGAAUAUUUAGAAAUCCAAAGUUUCUUUACGGUUUUCUUGUUCCUGUUUUCGCACCUUUUAAUAAAGUAAUAAAAUGACACUUUUGUUGUUAAUAACCAAUUCAAUAGCACCUUUCUGAUAUCACUAAAGUCAUGCAACUGUAACAAAGUUUUGUAUUGGUUUUCGUAUUUUUUCUACCUAGCACCCGGUUUUCUACCUAAGAUAGUUUUUAGGACACUGAGAAACUAUGCUUAUUGAACAAUGUCCUGGUCAUUCCUCUCAACGUGGCCUCACCGAAUGAUUUCUACCGUAGCUGUACGGGAACUUGGAAAUUUUAAGAAAAUAAUAUGUGGAAGAAUGAACACUUAGACAGGACCUAGAAAUAGGCGCAAAAUUUUGUCGGUUCAUUAAAUUUCUUUGCCUGCAUCCCAGAAAAAUUCUCGAUUUCCGCCACUGUUCAGGCAACUCCCCAUAUACCAUGGACAUAGGAAGCAUUAUCAUAGUGAGGGGGCGCCUAUUUAAAGUGGCACCCUAACAAAGAUUUUAAGGGGCGCUCUAACAUAAAAUCUAGGAAACUUGAUAAAGGCUGUUUUUGAAAGCCUGGCUUCAAUAAUAUCGUUCUCAUUUUCUGGCUUAGUUGUGAGCUGUGCCACCGAGAUGUUUCGGAGGCCCUGUUGCAAAAGGACAAGACGAGGCUUUUUGUGGAAGAAGCGAGCAGAAACAUUUUUGUGGCAAUGUUAGAUCAUGGCCCAAGAAGGUCACCCCCUCUCACUCUAUUUGCUCGUUUCGUAGAGAACCUAAGCAUUUCAAGAGCACUUUUUUGUUAUGCGGUUGGCAAAAAAGGCAGCUCGAUAAGCUACAAAGGGGCAUUUUACUUUAGUUUUUGAGCAGUGCGGGUACGUGCCCCAAGUGCCCCCUUGUUUAUGCCUUAAACUUGGUGAAAGUCCGCAAGAAUAUGCAGAAAUGAAAAUAUCAAAUUUACAUUUCUCUCGGUAGAACUACAAAUCGGCCGCUGGAACUCCAACUUUUCAGUAGAAACAUCAGAGACAAAGGGCAGAAACCGGGCAAGAACACAAUGUAGCAAAUAAGAAACACCGCAAUACGCCGAGAAUACAGGGCCUCCGACGAAGGGGGGGCCGGAGGGCCAUGGCCCCCUCACUUUUCGCAAAACAACAGAGCUUUUUUUAAAAACUUUUGUUAUGAUUGUUUUAUUUUCUCUUGACCCCUCCACUUUUCAACCUGCGUCGGAGCCCAUGGAAUAAACAAUAAUAAUACACGUAAUGGGAUGAAGUACUAUAAUAUGAAAUAAUGAUAAUGUUGCUGUAAGGUUAACGGUCAGUGGUUCUGCUCAUGCUGUUCGGUGUGAGAGUGUUUGCCAGGCCAAUGAGGUAUUUGCUCUUUGGCUCGUUGGACACUCUCUCGUUUAUCGUUGAGUUUCAGUAAUAGUGUUACAGUAAGGUCAUUGAUGGUAUGUUCUGGGCUACAGAAGUGUUCUGCAACACCAAAUUUUUCUACAUCACAGACAGUACUACUUUUUUUAACUUUACUAACACUGACAAAAACUACGACAUAAAACAAAGACUGAACUGCAACUCUACUAACAUUCUUUACUCAUUACAGUGCAACGCUGUUUAACUAACGGACACAAGAACUGCCAAUACAUCAGACAAACAAGCAGACGACUGAAAGACAGAUUUAACGAACACAGACGAGACAUUAUCAACAAAAAAAUAGACAAAUCAACCAAUCCGACACCACCAUCGUCUCUUCUAAAUGUGUAAAUUUUUAGUCCGUUAACUUUUGCUCUGAUGAAACCCCGUAUGCCGGGGCGAAAUAUUAGCCUUCAUUGAUUUACGUGUAUUUAUUGUUGUUUAUUCUCGGCGUAUUGCAGUGUUUCAUAUUUGCUACACUUUUAUCGACUUUUCGCCGCAAGGACUUCUUGGAGCCCGUCGAGCAGCCUGCUACAGUGGCCUUUUCUUCAUUCACACAAGAACACAAAUCUUGCAAUAAUCACAUUUCUCUCUUGUUUCCAUGUGCCCUUAGAGACAGCAGCAACUACUGCACGAAAAGGGAUCAAUUAGGCCAAGAGGAAAGCUAGCAAGUUGAAAAGCAAAAUGAACGUGUUUAGUUUAGGUCCUUUUUAUCGAGUUGUAGGCCUGAUCAAAGGAAUUUUGAGUUUUCUAUGUCGCAUUUUGUUUAGAAAAAAGAAAAUUGCAGAAAAAUGUGACGAAGAUAAGCCGAUAGAAAUCAUUUCAGUUGGAACAAACAGCAAAAACAAAGACUAUGGCAACUUCGGGUCUAAUAAUGAGGCUGGAGGGAAUAGUGUUCUUGUGGACUGGAGUGACUGGAAAGAGCCUACCAGUGCAGAAGAUACUAAAGAAAAUUUAGACAGUAUGAAUCUAUUUGAAGAUAUGGAACCAAAAUUAACACGGCCAAGAAUGCUCAAAGUUUCACCUAGUAAUCCUCCAGAUCAGAAAGCCAUGUUAUCCUCUAAUCGUUUGCAAGUCAGUGGAACAAGUUUUGAAGUUCAGUCUGAGCUUGGCACGUGGGUUGAAAAUUCCUCGGGUUGGGACGAAGAAGUACUGGAUGAUCUCUCUGAAGAAGCAGCAAAUAUUCUUAAAGAAAAGAAGAAAAUGGAAAGACAAAGAAGAACUAUUGAGCAAAAGAAGAGAAAUGAGGAGCUGCGAGCCAUGCGGGCCGACCGUAAGAAUGCGCCACACCUCGGAAUGAAAGUAAAUUGAAACUUUUUAGGAAUGUUUUCAUUGUAAAUUAAAGCUUUAAACACGUAUGUAGGUUAACGGUCCAAAAAUUAAUGAAUGGCUACUUAAAACAAUCUAAGAAAAUAAAUAUGGGAAUGAUUCGUUCCUAUAUUUGGCACGAAAAGUCACACAAUUCAAGCCUUUGUUUUGAAAAGUAUCGGCUGAAUCAACCCCUGUAGCAUUCUCAGCGCCUACAGACGCUAAAUUGCCUCUAAAUAAGACAUUGGCAAACAGGUUUUCUAUAAGUUGCUGUUAUAUUGAAAGUGUAGAUGCACUAAUGCAGCUGGGUGUUGGGCUACUAUGCUUUUUGGUAUCCCUUGAGCAGUAAGUAAUGAAUGUUCAACGCUGCUUGUGACAUGAAUACAGAAAGACCUGAGCACACCCAACCUCUUCUUUUAUGCUGUUUUUAAAUACUACACUUUUAUAUUCCGAGUAGCAGCAAA